AUGGCCCUUCUCUGGGUUGUCCUUGGCUUCUACCUUUCUGGCAGCAGCUUUGGCUGCGGGGUCCCUGCCAUCGACCCCAUGCUGAGCGGCCUGUCCAGGAUUGUCAAUGGGGAGGAGGCCGUGCCCGGCUCCUGGCCCUGGCAGGUGUCCCUGCAGACCAGCUCCGGCUUCCACUUCUGCGGGGGCUCCCUCAUCAGCGAGGCCUGGGUGGUCACCGCCGCCCACUGCGAGGUCAGGAAGAGCCACCUGGUGGUGGCCGGCGUGUCUGAUCUCAGCUCUGACGAGGAGGCUGUCCAGGUGCUCAGGAUCGCUGAGGUGGUUGAGCACCCCCUGUGGAACCCGCACGCCUUGCGCAACGACAUCGCCCUGCUGAAGCUGGCCACGCCCGCCCGCCUCUCGGGGGCCGUGUCCCCCGUGUGCCUGCCCGGCACCAACACCAGCUUCCCUACGGGUUCCCUGUGCGCUACCACGGGCUGGGGCAAGACCCGGCACAACGCCCUCAAGACCCCCGACAAGCUGCAGCAGGCCGCCCUGCCCAUCGUGUCCAGCGCCGACUGCAAGUCCUACUGGGGCAGCAAGGUCACGGACGUGAUGAUCUGUGCUGGCGCCAGCGGCAUCUCCACCUGCAUGGGUGACUCUGGUGGCCCCCUGGUUUGCCAGAAGGACGGAGCCUGGACCCUGGCGGGCAUCGUGUCCUGGGGCAGUGGCCGGUGUCUUCCAUUCUCACCAGGCGUGUAUGCCCGGGUCACUAAGUUUGUUCCCUGGAUUCUUGAAGUUCUGAAGUCCAAUUGAGCCCCUGUCCACCCCCAGCACCCAUCUGUGCAAAACUCAAAUAAACCUCCUUGC